UGACGCCACUUCCGCUUCCGCGGCGGGCGGCGGGGGAAGGUGACUGCGCUGGCCAUGGGGCUGCACUUCGGCAACCUGGCGCGGGUGCGCCAUGUCAUCACCUACAGCCUCUCGCCCUUCGAGCAGCGCGCCAUGCCCAGCUUCAUCUCGCACGGCGUGCCCAACGUCCUGCGCCGCUUCAGCUCCCAGGUGCUCAAGGUCGUGCCCCCUUUUGUGGCAGCCUACCUCCUGUACUCCUGGGGCACGCAGGAGUUCGAGAGACUGAAGAGAAAGAACCCUGCUGACUACGAAAACGACCAGUGAUCGAGCGAACGAGGAGCUCCUUUCCUCACUGCAUCAUUAACGUGCUGAUGUUCACAUGACUAGAAGGGUAUUAAAAGAGAGAUAAGUCUUGUCGAAUAAACUUUAACCUUGCCCCAUGA